AUGGGGGCAGGGUGGGCACCAGCUCUCACUCGGCUCACCGCCGGACUCUCGUUGGACGAGACUGGCCUGGAUACCACACAGACACCAGCUGCGGCUCGCGGAAACACAGCCCCGGCUGUACCGGCUGUGACAGCAACGCCAGCACCGGCGGCAACGCAACAACAAGUUCCCCGGGCCGCCCGUAGACGUGGCGGGCCCGUAUCAUCACGCCGAGGAGCCUCGAGGGCCGCGACCCACGAAGAGGACAUUCGGUCGGGAGUCAUCUCGACCAAUAUUGCCCCGCCGUCUACAGUGCCAGCUAAGCGGAAGCGCGGGACGAGUGGCGACAGAACCUUGAGUGGAAAUGAUGACGGUGGUAUUGGUGGUAAUGAAGAUGAUAGUGAUAACAACCCCGGAGGAGUAGGAGGAGGAGGCGGCGGCAGCGGCCACGGUGGAAUUAUUGAUGAUGAUGAUGAUGAUGAUGAUGAUGAUGAUGAUGAUGAUAGCAAUAAUAACUCCGGAGGACGAAUAGGAGGCGGCGGCGGCAGCGGUGCUCCUCCAGCAGCAGGGCUGCCCGAGGAGCCCCCGGGCAGCCCCAAGCCCGUAGCCCCGGCGUUCUACUACUUCGACCCGGACGAGGAGCACGACACGUUCGCGGUGGGCGGGGUGGCGCCGGCGACGGGGCGGUUCCGGAUGACGGCGGCGGUGGGGAACCGCAACCGGCGGGCCAGGGGCUUCCGGAUCGAGAAGGCGCACCGGCGGCAGAGGCGGUGGUUCCGAGACCAGGGCUUCCUCGAGAGGUACUACUGGACGUACUUUGAGAUGCUGCACCGCAGCCAGACGGCGAACGACGGAGUCGAGUGGAGCAACGGGCACUCGGUGCUUUGA